AUGGCAGAGCCCAGCAUUACCCUUCCCUCUGUAUCAUUCACAUCCCUCGGACCAGGCAACAGCACCUACUGUAAAGUUAAUAAAGGCUUCACAUCGAAGUUCCUGCCCACCGUCUACACCAUCGUGUUUAUACUGGGCUUCCUGGGGAAUUGCUGGGUGCUGGGCGCCAUGUGCUUGAGCCGGAGGAAAUUCACCAGCAUCACCGUGUUCUUGUUUAACCUGGGCCUGGCUGACCUCCUGUAUGUCAUCACUUUGCCCUUCCUGGUGGUGUACUAUGCCAACGGGCACCGCUGGACGUUCGGGAAAGCGUUUUGCAAAAUGACCAGGCUCCUCUUCCACCUGAACCUGUACGGCAGCAUCGGCUUCCUCACUUGUAUCAGUGUGCAGCGAUACCUGGGCAUCGUGCACCCCAUGAAGGUGCUGGGCAGGUGGAACCGCCGCCGCUCGCUGCUCCUCAGCCUCCUGGUCUGGGGGCUGGUUCUAGCCCAAACCUCGGCCGAUCUCCAUUUCACCAAGACCAACCUCAAUGGCACCAAAUGCCAGGACAGUGCCGCGAUAAAGGAGCUGGGGGAGUACACGAAGUACAAUCUCGCCUUGACCGUGAUGGCUUUCGUCCUCCCUUUCCUCAUCAUCGUUGGCUGUUACAGCCGCGUUGUUCUGGUUCUGAUCCGCAACAAGAACGUGGAGCAAGGCUUGCGGGAGCGCUGCCUGAAACUGGUGCUGAUCGUCACCGCCUUGUUCUCCCUUUGCUUCGCUCCUUAUCACGUCCUGAGAAACGCGAACCUGAUCUCCAGGCACUUCCAACUCCAGGGCCAGUGCAUCCAAACCUUCAAAAACAUUUAUCUGGGUUACCAAGUGGCCAGAGCCCUCGCCAGUUUGAACAGCAUCUUCAACCCACUUGUUUAUGUUCUGGCUGGAGACGAUAUGAAGUUACGAGUGGAAAAGCUCGGGAAAGCUGCGCGUUCGUUGUCCUCAACACCUGCCGCCCAGCUAGCUCAACCCGAAAAGAACUUACUUAAUAACCUUUAA